AAGGCGCCAGCGGCUGUGAGUCUGUGACAGCUUGAAUGUUUUGGGCCUUUUGGCAUUUGACUUUUGAGCGCGCAGUCUCGCAGGCUGGUGUAAAAUCACGUUUGAACCUUCGGAUGCGAUUUUCUCAUAUUGCUCGUUAUUGCUUGCUUUUCAUCUUUUACUUUGUACAGCCAUACAAGAUCAUAAUAGUGCUAAGAUGUUUCGGCCAGUUACGUUGGUGAACCAGGCAUUUGCGAGUGGCGAAAUGCAGUAUCUCCUCCUCUGCCCGAAUGCAUCGGGCUUAACACUGCCAACUCCGCCGCCAUCAACCACCUCCUUUGUCCCGAUCAAACCCAGACCUGGUCCCGACGGGACUGUCCCUGAUAUACAGCCUGUUCCCACAGAAGCCACGACUAUUCUCCUCUUGCAGCAGCAGCCUUCAUCUCCUCCCGAACCAGCCUUAUCAUCCCUUCUUCCAGACGCAUCCCCACCCGUCGUCGAUCAGUGCGUGCUCUGCUCCUACCGCACAUCCGACAGCACCUGCGCAAAACGCGCUGUCUUCAAAUUCCCCAAGGAUGCUCUGCGGCGCAAGAAGUGGGUGGACGUGUGUCGCCAGGUGGACGAGCUUUUCUAUCUGUCCCCGACGUCGUUUGUGUGUCAGGAGCACUUUGCGCCGCAGUAUAUCCGUUUGCCCCUGCUGCGGAAUGGCAAACAGAGGAAACGACUGUCGCGCUUUGCCGUACCUUCGCUGCCGGUGGCCACGGCGGCGGCGGAGAAGGGGGUGGGGGCGAAAUCUCAGUCGGACGAUGAGGAUAUGGAGUUUCUCGAUGAAGAAAUGCGAGCCUUCCAUAACGGGCUGCCUAGCGCAGUUGACAUUCCUCGUGGUCAUACCAAUACGCAUAGUGUCAUUCCCACCGCAACUGUGCCUGCUGAUUGUGACGAAGGAAAGGAGAACCUUUUCACAAACAUGUGUUGUCCGAAAUGCGAAACGCUUGGACCUGAACCGUGUUGGCAGCACACGAAGCAUUAUCAGGAUCGACGGACGCCUCCCUUGGCCAAAGCCAGUCUGCCUAAAGUUCUGCGAUUCAUAAGAGCAGGCGAACAUCCAGAUACGCCGACUGGAGUUUCUGCACGGCUCUCCCUUCAAUCGCACACGGUGUUCGGGCCAAUGCGGGGCGUUUUAUGCAGUCGCAGCGGCGGUAAAUUCGCCAUCCCUGCCAAGGAUUACCGGCAGUCAUACCAUGUGGAGUCGGACGACGGCUGCAACUGGAUGAAAUACGUCCACUUUGCGGACAGCCCCGAGCAGCAGAAUGUGGCUGUUUAUAUGCGCGACAACCAGAUCUACUUCGUCACAACGAAAGAUAUCCUCCAAGGCACUGAGCUGAAGCUGUGCUACUCGCGAAAAUAUGCGGAAACAGUUGGUGUUUUACCUAGACAUCCACUUUUUGGGGCAUCGAUGCAACACGGGGGAGAAAACGCUGUUAGCACCCAAAAUAUCCAUUCUACGAGGAGCCAGGAAGUGAUUGAACACGCAAACACAGCGCUGUUGAAGCAGAAUUUGAGCAUUCCCGUGAUAGUUGACGAGUGCAAUUCCCCUGUUUGUGCUUCUGCGGAUAAUCUUUCUGUCUUCGAUUCUCCUGACGGUGCUGAUAUUCGCGAUCGUUCUCUUAGUCCAGGUGCCGAUAUCGCCGUACAUCCGAGUGUGAUCGAUGAUAGAGGCCUGGUCCCUACAACAACCGCCUUGGAUGUGAUACCAAGCCGGUCGCUAAGUCAAUCUCUCCCUAAUUUAGUAACAUCUGACAAUAGUUUUCCCACCGUAACGGAAAAUAAGAGCUCCAGGAAACGGAAGCGAAAAGAAAGCAGAUCGGAAGCUGCACAGGGAAAACGAUCGCGAAGUCGAAGAGAAGCAGUAACAACUGUAGUAGAACAGACACCGGAAUCCGACGCGCCGAUAGAGAAAGGAAAACCAGCAAAACGAAUACACAAGAAACCGGUGCGCACAAAGCCAGUGUCGACGAAAACCAGAACUUUGGUCAGCAAAUUCUUUCGUGAUCCCGCCACGGUGGUGAAAUAUCCUUGCGAAAUUUGUCUCACUCAUUUCAAAACGGAAGCACUGAUAAAUCUGCAUCGGCGCUUUCAUGAGCCUUCGAAGGAAGCCGAUGAAGAUAACGAUGCUGACGAGAAAGUGUGUCCCGACUGCUCAGAGCGGUUUGACAGUCUUCCCGAUCUCUUUCGGCAUGUGGAAAGCCAUGGAAAGCCGUAUUACAAGAAGGAACGGUGUCCGGUGUGUAAAAAGUUUAUUACUACGCAUUUACUGGAUCGCCACAUGAAAGGUAAUCAUCCAAGUGACGGCGCGGAGGAUGCCGAGAAAUAUACAUGUGAUGUUUGCCAACAAGCGUUCACUUCGGAAAUUAAACUUCGGGCACAUGAACAGAAGCACAAAGUCCCCAAGUGCCUGAUAUGUGCGGAAAUUUGUACGAAUUGGAGAUGCCUGGGAGUGCACGCGUUGACCCACAAGCAGGCUGACGGCUUUCAUUGUCCCUGUUGCGAAUCCACAUUCCCGACCUUCCGUAAACUGACCGCGCAUUACCACAACCAUCACGACAUUCGCACCUUCUGUACCUGUGAAGUGUGUGGGGAAAUGUGUAAAAACCGCGGUACUCUGCAUCGCCACAUGCGACAACAUAUCGAGCGGGAUUUUUCACACGAAUGCGAUGCUUGUGGGAAGAAGUUUCGCUGCUACAGCACCUUGCGGAAUCACGUCUCCUUUGCGCAUACGGUCGGCGGUCGGCAGAAGAUCCAGCAGACGCAGAUUCGGUAUUUGAAGAAAGUGGAUUAUGUGGCGCCGCGCAAGCGAAUGCUGCUGGAGGAGUUCCCGUUGAAAUGCGACAAGUGCCAAGUGGGAUUCCUGGGGCAGGGAAGGUAUCUGCGGCAUUUAAGCAAGUUUCAUCCAGAGAUGCCGUUGCCUGUUCUUUCUGGUGGUAAGGGUGAUAGCUGAUGUAAAUUUUGGUCUCCUUCUUUCCGUGAUCUUUUCAAGCUUGACUGGGUUUUUUUUUAAAGUUUCACAUUCCUGUCUUGCUUUGGCAUAUUUCCUGGGAUGUUGCAGAAUUUCUUGAGCUGUUAUAAAACAGAAUACGGAAAAGAAAAAUUGAAUGUUAGUGU